AUGCGUGUCGCUUCCGCUGCUGUCGUUGCCUCCCUGGCUGCCGGUGCCAUUGCUACCGAGUACAAGACCGUCUAUGUCACCGAGUACACCACCGUUUGCCCUAAGGCCACUUCUCUGGCCACUGGUCCUGGUGCCGGUUCUGGCUCGGGUGCCCAGACUACCCCGGUUGCUGCUCAGCCUACCACCGUCACCAUCUCCGGCACCCCCUACACCUACUCCACUCCCUUGGUUACCUCGACUGUGACCCACUGUGACAAGUGCUCCGCUACUGCCGUCCCUGCCACCUCCACCCCCGAAGGUGCCGCUGCUGUCGGUACCGGUGCCUCCCCCAGUGAGGCUCCUGGCUCUGGCUCCGGCUCUGGCUCUGGCGCUUCCCCCAGCGAAGGUGCCUCGGGCUCCGGCUCUGGUGCCUCUCCUAGCGGUGCCGCCGCAGGCUCUGGCUCCGGCUCUUCCCCCAGCGGCGCCGCUGCUGUCGGUACCGGUCCCUCCCCCAGUGAGGCCGCCUCUGGAUCCGGCUCUGGAUCCGGUGCUUCUCCUAGCGGUGCCUCCGCCGGCUCUGGCUCUGGCUCCGGCUCCGGCUCCUCCCCCAGUGGUGCUGCCGCUGGUUCCGGAGCUGGUUCCCCCGGUGCUUCCGCUGGUCCCAGCGGAGCCGGUGCCAAUGGAAUCGGCGCCACCACCCCGGUCGUCUCUUACACCCCGGUCCCCACCCCUAGUGGCUUCCACCCCUCCUCUCGCCCUCUGAUCCCCAGCAGCAAGCCCGCCUCCUCCAAGCUCGUUGCUUCCUCCAGCGCCACCCCCGCUGCCUCUAGCCCCGCCCCUGCUAGCUCUUCCAGCUCCAGCUCCAGCUCCGGCUCCUCUGCUACCUCCCCCGAGGGUGUCUCCGCCGCUGGCACUGGCUCUGGCUCUGCCACCACUCCCUCCGCCCCUGUCUUCACUGGCGCCGCUACCCGCGCCGCGGCUGGUGCUGGUGCCGGAUUGGCUUCCGUCUUCGCUCUCGUCGCCUUCCUUCUGUAA